AUGUUCUACCCGUGCAGCAGGCGGUCGAGGCAGCUCCUGCAGCUGGCGCUGGCCGUGGUCUUGGUGGCGUUCCUGCUCGUGACCCCGGCCGGGAGCUGCGCGUCGCCGGGGGUGGAGGCCCCCGAAGCCCAGGGCCUCCUCCCGAGCGACUCGGCCCACAUCCUCGCGCUGGCCGUGGCGGGCGGCCUCGCGAAGAGGGUGGCGACCAAGCUGUCCUCGAGCCGCAUCAUGCUGGACGUCCAGCUCCAGGACUACCGCGACACGGAGGUCCGCUUGCGCCAGCAGGAGAUCAACCGAGACCGCGAAGGGCUGCUGCAGAGGGUCCGGGAGCUCGAGCGCGGACCUGUGGGCCCGGGCAGGCCCGAUGCCGCGCCGGGGGACCCCGAUAGGCCGGAGGACGCCGAGGCGCUCGCGCACCGGGUGAAGGACCUGGAGCGCGAGAACAACCAGUGGAUGCUCGAGCGGAUGUCCGUCGAGGAUCGCCUCGACGGCCUGAUCGCCUGUGUCCAAUCCGCGGUGGAGGAGCCGCCUUGCGGCCUCGGCGGCGGCGGCGGGUGA